AUGCGCAUUAAUAAAUCAGGUGAGGAAGACGACCGCACUGGUGAAACUCCCUACGUAUCAAAAUCCCAUGCAUCCUCAAAGAGGGAGGAAGCACUGCUGGAGAAUGUGACUCGUCUGGGAGAGCACUCUGAGACCUUGCAGAGAUCUCUUAGCCAACUGCCCUCCCAAAGCGACCUUCUGGAGAACAUCUGGAAGCUUGAGAGCCUCUUCCAUAAUCAUAGUGAACAGCUGCAGCUGUUAGGGCGACUGGCACAGGGCUUGGAGCGUGACAUCAAAGAUCUGCAGGCCUUCUCCGAACACACCACGGACUCUGUGGCUCAGCUUUGGGAGCAUCUGGCCAUGAUCAUCCACUCCAGCCAGAGGAACAGCAGCAGUCUGGGAGAAGAGCUAGCCUUCGCCGCUGGCUCUAUUCGAACCCAGGAUGCGAUUCUAAAGACAAUGGUGGUGAACGUAGACGCUCUACAGGAGCGCCUGGAGGAGAUGGGAUGGACAGUGCAGACGUUAAACCAUUCGCUUAGUGGAGAUGUGAGUCUGCACCAGGUGAAAAUCUGUGAACUGCAGGAGAAGAUCGGAAAUGUGUCACAUGACGCCACGAGCAUGAGGAUCACACAGUUACACCUCGAGGAACAGCUCAGGAAUGAGAUCGAAGUCCUGAACGUCAUCACCGCAGAUCUGAGGCUAAAGGAAUGGGAGCACUCCAUGGCGCUCAAAAACUUAACUGUAUUACAAGGACCGCCAGGACCAAAGGGUGAGAAAGGUGAUGUGGGGCCCCUGGGACCAGCUGGACUUCCUGGUUUGACAGGAAUAAGAGGCUUGCCAGGAGAAAAGGGCAUUCAGGGUCCUCGUGGACUGGCAGGACGAAGUGGUCAGGAUGGACACAAUGGAGAAAAAGGAGAUAUUGGGCCUGAGGGACCCAAAGGUGUGAAAGGAGAAAGAGGACAGAAGGGAGAGAAAGGAGAGCGUGGAGACAAAGGAGGAAAAACAGUUGAGGAAACGCUGGUGAGGCUGGUGAACGGCUCUGGGCCUCAUGAGGGUCGAGUGGAGGUGUUCCAUGAGCUCCGGUGGGGGACGGUGUGUGAUGACGUUUGGGACAUAAAAGAUGGAGACGUUGUGUGCAGGAUGCUGGGCUUCCGUGGCGCCAAAGAAAUCCACAAAACAGGCCGGUUUGGACAAGGCACUGGCUUAAUCUGGAUGGAUGAUGUUGCUUGUGUUGGUACUGAAGACUCAAUUCACCAGUGUAAAUUCUCAGGAUGGGGAAAAACCAACUGCGGUCAUGUAGAAGAUGCAGGGGUGACCUGUAACAUAUAGCCUGUUUCAAGUCUUCCACAUCCUGUAAAACGGACAGUUAAGCUGUAAGUGUGGAUGAUUUGCAGGCUCUGAGGAAGCAGUGGCUGUGUCCUUCUACACAGCAAAAGACUUAUGAACCAGACCGUGGCAGAAUAAAAGGCCCUGGAGAUCAGACACAGGGUCAACAUCCUACCUGCAAACAAUGCCUACCCAAAUACUUCAGCCAUAUCCGUCAAAUGGGGGAAGAAUAUCCCACCUCUAGUAGAAAUGUACGUGUGUGUGCGCGCGCGCGCUCUAUGCUGCUGCUUUGGACUGUUUGUGUGUGUGGUUUUGUAAGAAGAAAUUCUUUCUUUAUGUGAAAACCAAGUUGGAGUUUACAUUGUGUAUAGAUAGAUGCAUUUAACUUUCCAAAGAGAUUUAUGAACACACUAGCAUAUUUUUAUAGCAUUUAACUCAGUAAGGAUUUAAAAGGAUCAUGUAGUUGCAAAUGUGCCUUUAAACUAAACAUCGACCGUAACAGACAUGACAUGGUCAGCAAUUGUAUACCUCAGUUAAUGGUGAGUACCAAUUACAGUCAGUAUUCAUUGUUCAGUAGUUUUAUAACACUAUUAGUAUUGGUUCAUCUUUGACCAAUAAAUUAUUGUUUACGGAAUUUAGUGUCAAAUAGCAUUUUAGAAAAUGAUACAAUAAAAUAUAUAUUAUAAAUA